CACCUUUAUUUACUCAAGUUUUCAAAAAUGCUGGAAUGCGCCAUCCCGGAGAAGAUGAGGGCAGAGAGGACGUGCCCGGUGGGCACCCCUCAGAACUUCCAGCCACCUUUCCCGGGAUAUUGUGCACGGUUUCCAGAGAAGAUGGACAAUCUUGUCAUGGCUAUAAUCGGCGCGCAGUUCUCAUCGCCGUCGGCCGAUGACGGAACUGCCAUUGCACAGGUCAAGGAGUUCAUGGCCAAAGGACCGGAAGCCUUGCGGCCAGCUUUUUGGGAAGUGGUCUCCGUAACCGACAAGAAGAGCGCUUUCAACAUCGGCGUAAUAGCGUAUUGGUCUGGCACUGAGGUCUACAAACAAUGGACACUGGAAUCUGAAUUCCUAAAAUGGUGGGAAAGCCUGAGCGCAGAGAAGGACCACGGCUGGUUCCUUGAGGUCCUCAGUCCUUCGCUCGAGCGUUUUGAAACCAUCUUCUCCAAUCAUUCGGCACCCGAGGGUGCUGCGAAUAUGCAGGAAAAGAUUUCGGGCGAGCUAGAAGAACACGGUUAUUGGGGGAGUAUGAGAGAUCGCCUGGCAGCAGCACAGACCGAUCAACUUACGGGCGAUAAAUGGGAGGCUUCGGCCGCCACUGAGGGGAGCCACAACACUCUGGGCAAGCGUGUCCAAGUCCAAGGCAAGAAAAACCUAUGCAUCAUCCGAUCUGGUCAAGACUGGUCGGGGACUCUCCCGGAGGAACGCAAGCUAUAUCUGGAGACAAUGCACCCAGUACUCAUCGAGGGCAUGAAUUUUCUCCGCGACAAUGGCAAAGACGUCGGCUGCUAUAGCAUGAACCUGUGGGACGUGGUGGAUCCUACAACUCACAAGGCCGAUCAGGAGCGGACUUUUGGACUAGGCUACUUUGACGACUUGGCCUCUCUGGAGUAUUGGAGCAAAUCGCACCAGACACACAUCAACAUUUUCGGAGGCUUUCUUGUGUAUGCAAAGAAAUUGAACUUCCAAUUGUCUUUGAAGUUAUUUCACGAAAUCUUGGUCCUCAAACCGGAACAGCAGUCUUUUGAGUACAUCAACUGUCAUGAGGGGACGGGCAUGUUGAAUUCAUUGAGUGGGUAA